GCUGGUGGUGGGCGCGGCGAGCCUGCACCGCCCGCCGGCCGCCGCAGCCGGCGCCGCUGCUCAGUCGCCGCACAGACACCGCCUGCUGCUCACGGUCUCGAACGAUGUAAAUAGCGCGUACACCAGUGAUUACCAACAUGUGCAAGAAAACACUAUAUUUUGUUCUCAUAGCGUAUCUAAUUUUAAAUGUGGUUGACGCGAAGAAAACGAGAAGGAAACGACCAAAAGCUGAAGAAGAUUCCACCCCGCAACCCAAUGUGGUCACCUACUCGACCUUCGGCUUUAACGAUGUUGGGUCCUACGAUGGAUUCAUGCCCAGUUCUCCGGAGUAUGUCAGUUAUCUGAACAAUUAUAACCAAGAUUCGGCGACGAGACUUUACGCCCCAGCCUUCCCGACCGCUCUGGACAAUUACCCGUCCCCGUCUCAGGACAGCCACACGUUCAGUCUCGGAGACGACACCGGCCCGCAGGCGAGUAUGCUACAAUAUCCUCAAAGUUCCGUAAGUUUUAUGAACACACCGAGUCUUGACAACGAAGCACAGAGUCAAAAUAACGCACCUGAAAUUUAUGGACGCAAUAACGGCGACAGUGGCGCGCCGAUAUAUGGAACAAAACUAAGUUCUGGUACUAGUUCUAAAAAUAACAAAAACAAGCAAUUCAGUCAAUUUAAUAAUUCCGAUUUUAAUUUAUUCAGUAGUGCGUCAAGUCCUCAAGAAAGUAAAUACUCGUCCUUCCACGAAGUACAGCCGACAUUCGAAGGCAACACACCAUCUUUUGCUGAACCGAAUAAAAAUUAUCAUUUUAGUUUUAACUAUGCAACAACUCAUCCCUCGACAGAAAACGAUGAUUUUUUGAAAUCUGCUCCGAGUAACACGCAAAACACGGUGAACUUUCCGAAAGUUGUAGACUUCACAAAAUACAAACAGUACUAUCCGUCAGAAUUAGAAACCAAAUUCACCACUACCACUACAAAAUCUCCUAAUACUUACAAGCCCGUAUUAAACAUCCAAAAUGAUAAUUCAUAUUUCGAAGAAUUUAGUACUAAAUAUCCAAUUCCCCCGCCAACUUUCAAAAAUCCAUAUAACAAAGAAAAAGAUGCUGAAGAGGCAACAGAAAAGGACACACCAAAACCAAGUCCCUAUUCAGAUAAUGAAUUCACCCAAAAUUAUCUGAAUUAUCCUAAAAACGCAUUUAAAGAUGCAAAAUUAAAUUUUGAUUUUAAGGAUAAGUUUAAGUAUCAUAAUAACAACUGGGCAUCAACAAAUUAUUCGAAUGAUUUUAAAAAUUGGAAGAAUCCAAUAAAAGGAUAUCAAUACUCCACUAACUACAGCAAUAUGAAUUUCGAAUUUGAUUUUAGUGGAGGCAAGAAACCCGUGAACACUAAUAAUGAUGAAAUUGUCCCAGCUAGCAGCAACUUGGUUGAUUUAACUAGUUAUCAGUUUCCAGAAACGGAUUAUUCAAAUUUAAAAAAGGUUCCGGGAUUAAAGAAUCAUGAUACAGACGACAUAGGAAACGUAUUUGAAUCUUUAAAACCGCAAGGAUAUAAGUAUGAUCCAGAAGACUAUGUGAAAAGUUUAUACAGUACAGCUCCUACGUCAAGUUUGUGGGGCAGCAUGUACAAGCUACCAGAGUUUUCUUCUUAUAAACACCUUGGAAAGAAGCCUCAAUACGGAGAAGAUAUAGGUGACGACGUUGUUCACAUACCCAAGAGACCGUAUAGCAAUAAAUACAACUUCGGGAAAUAUGUUGAAAGCAAGCCUACAGAAUGGUCCUCUUAUACUAGCCAUAGACCUUAUAAACCUAAAAAACCAAUAAGUGAUUGGAAUAAGGAAGCAUCAACGAGAUUCAAGUCCGAAGAAGAUUUACUCGGGCUUAGAACACACGACACGUCACACCCAUCAUAUUUACCUACAUACAAACCUGGAUUCAACUCUCUUUCAAGUGAUUACGACUACAAAAAAUUGGUAGAGAAAUGGAGACAGUCGUAUUUAAAAGCAAAGUAUAAGGACGUAGGACUGCAAGAUUUCGACAGCUACGCUUCAGAGCCGAAGCCUCACCAUGUGCCUCUUCCGAAGCCAUACCCGAUCGAAAUCCCGCACCCGGUGAUCGUGCCGGUGCCGCAACCGUACCCGGUUCGCGUUCCGGUUCCUAAACCGGUUGCCGUGCCGGUGAUCCGCGAGUUGACCGUGCCGAUUGAGAAACCCGUGCCGUACCCGGUCUACAAAAAGGUCCCAUACCCCGUUGAAAAGCCCGUACCUGUACCUGUUGAAAAAGAGGUUCAAGUGCCAGUAAUAAAGCCGUUCCCGGUGCCUGUCCCGCACAUCCGUCCGGUGUUCCACCACACGCGCUCCAAGGAGGACGAGGAAGAAGAGGAUGACUACCUUCCCCGCCCAGAGACCAGCAAGAGGAUUCCUUACGCUAAGAGACCUAGAAGCACAAGGCCUCGCCCGCGCCGGCCCACGCGCACGCACUCGGAGCGCAACCGACGGCGGUGGCCCGUGCGCCGACCAUCCGACCCUCGGAACCGCCGACCGGACUUCCCCUCCCCCUACAGGCAGUACGACAGCGAAUUCGACGACUUCGAACACACGCAUAGUGAAUACAUCCUGCAUUGUAAGAGAACUGGCAACUGUUGAAUGGUUUAAGGGUGGUACUGACAUGUUUUUUUUUUGUAUUUUAUUUAACUUAAUUACGAUAGCGCGCAUUUUUACAAUUAGUAAGAUAUAUCUUACUGUCAUUCGACAGUACCAAAUUGCGCAUUACGAUAACUGAAUCAAGUGGAUCAGUCGAAUCAAGACGAAUCAAGUGGUGCAGGUUCUUGAAAGAAUGCAGAAAAAGUAUAUGAAAAGAACCUAUAAAACUUCAACCAUGUAAGGAAAGAAAAGUUUGUUAGGUGAGUGUAGCUCUUAAAAUGGACUUUAAAUGUAGGCUUUAUUAGUCGUAACAUAAUUAAUAAAUCAUUGGCGUUUAAUUUACAAAACUUAGAAUCUAAAAUAUUUUUGUAAAGUAUAGGUUUCUGCAUUUUUAAUAUACUUAGUCAUUAACACUAUCGAACGCUCGCAAGUAGAUACUUAAGUUUUUAAAUUAGCCCCAUCAUAUAAGAUAGAAUAAGUUACACUCAUCAGUAAUACGAACAUGUUAUUGCAACGGUUGCUAAGAUUGUUUUGUAGCUCGUCAGUACCUUCCCUUGUAGAAAAAAAUAUAGUCUCUUCCUUUUUAUUACGUAUAUUGUAGAAGUCUUGUUUAAUAGUUUUAAGCCUUUUUUUUACUAAAGUUAUGUUUAAUUUUAAUUGGUAUUCAGAAACGUGCCAAUGUCCUUUUAUCUUUGUAAUUUCACAUCGACUGAUUUAAU